AAUCUCGCGAGAAGCGAAGCCGGAGGAGGAGGGUGCGAGGAGAUCGCGAGCAGCCGGAGCCGGAGCCGGAGCCGGAGGCCUAGUAGAUGAAGACGUUCGAUCCGUGGCCGGUCUUCUUCCGCCGGGAGUGGAAGCGCAAUUGGCCCUUCCUCACGGGGUUCGCCAUCACCGGCUUCAUCAUCACUAAGAUGACGGCCAACUUCACCGAGGAGGACCUCAAGAACUCCAAGUUCGUCCAGGAGCACAAGAAGCGCUGACCAACCAGGCUCCGGGGCAGCGCUUGGACCAGAGUGCAUGGUGAUUGGAGCUCGAAAACGGAGAAAGCGAGGGGUGUGAUAGGUCGAACACAACAACAAAUGACAAUUAGCACUGGAGGAUGCCAAGUAUUCAAAGGGUGCAUUAUUAUAAUGCCAACAGAGCAAUUACUGUCUUCAUGAUGCCAAUAGUCUGAAGUCCGAUGAAUCGAGUGCCAAAAUUGCAAAAAUCUCUCCAUCAUGCGGGAGUUAGUUUCAUUUCGCAACAGCAGUGAUUCUUAGGUUCUUAUUUCUGGUGGCUAUUGUAGCACUUAUCCAUUAACGAUGUCAUUAUCACAUUAGUGUAUUUUGGGAACAG